GAAUGAUUAGGCUAUCCCUUGACCGACGAUGCAUUCGAACAAGUCAUCCGUUCUCCUGCUCGCCCUGGCCAUCAGCGCCAGCUGCGUUGUUGCCACACCGCAUCUGCAAUUCUUGGAUGGAAUCUUCGACUCCAUACCCCAGACUGGCCUCCACAUCAUCAGUGGGUUCGUGAAUGCCACCAGGAAUGGCACGGCCAUUGCUGGUGAGUUCCUGGACAGCAUAAGGAACUCCUCCGCCCAGUACACCCACGAAACCAUAGAGUUUGCCCACAAAAUCGCGGAUGCAGUUCAUAGAGCCGCCUCCGAGGCAAUCGUCGACUUUUCCGUGACUCUGCAGGCUAGCAUCGACAUAGUGCAUCAGCAUGUUGGUCUGGUGAGAAACAUCCUGCAGCAAAAGGCACUUAAGGAUGCCCUCGCCACACUGCAGACCGUCACUGCCGUCGUAAAUGAUCUGGAAGUGGCCGUGCAUAACCUCAAUGAUCAGUUAGACGAGAAGAAACAGGAGUAUUCCGCCAUAAUCCAGGUGAAGUGGAGCCUGUGGACUGACGACCAAUUAAACCGAGUGGAUGAGCUGACGAAUGGAGUUGGCAACGAGGAGGCCGAGGAGAUCAUGAAUGAGCUGGUCUCCCGCUAUUCCGGAUAUCUGCACAGCUGCCUGGAGGAGUUGCAAGCGCAGCAAGCUACGUAUGAGCAAAAUGUCCAAGAGGCCAUCGUAAAGUACCACAAUGCCACCAACAAACUGACGGCCCAGGUCAAGCUCUGCGCCCAGUUCAACCUCAACUACCUAUCCUGCCGCAAUGGCAUCAAUACAGAGCUACGCGCACUCGACUCGGCUCCCGCGGAGCUGCUCACCCUGAAGCUUCAGGGCAUCCGACUACUGGCCAUCGGCCUGAAUGCCAACGGAUGUGUGGGCCAGACCCUGGCUGAUCACGAGCUGGAGAAGGCCAGCGUGGAGCUCAAGCUGGAUGAGAUCAUUAGGCAGUACCAGGAGCAGCAGGAUGGGGAAACGACCACCAUAAGUUAGACGGAUUCCGAGGAGUCAUCCAGCAAUGAAUAUGACAACUCCAACAAUGACGACGAAUCCUCGUGGAAAUGUUUACAAGAACGUAUAGUACUUUUAGGUGUCGGGUAGAAGCAGCAAAAUAAAUUACUCUAAUGCAACUAAA